GGCGGCGCGACGCCGUCCGCUCUUCCCGUGGCGAGGGGGGCGGCGCCUCGUCCCUCAUGCGUCUCUGAGCGACGCCCGCACAGCCCAAUCGGCAGUCGCAAUGGCGCGGCUUGUAACCAGUGAGAGGCGCGAGGGGGCGGGUCUCCGCCGGCAGCCGGGUAGGUAGCGGUAGUGGCGGUUGCCUGUGAGAGGCCGGGAGCGGCGGCGGCCAAGGGAGGGCGCGAGGCCUGUUUAAAGGGCCAGCGGGCUCUCGCGAAAGUUGCGAGGAGUUUAGCGGCUAUCGGUCCGGUGCUGCCCAGCGGCUCGGCUGGGACGCCUCUCCGGACGGCGGGGCCGCGGGGCCAGCGGCGGCAUGGAGCAGGCAGCGCCCAAGAGCAAACUGAAAAAGCUAAGUGAAGAUAGUUUAACUAAGCAGCCUGAAGAAGUCUUUGAUGUUCUGGAGAAACUUGGUGAAGGAUCUUAUGGUAGUGUGUUUAAAGCAAUACACAAAGAGUCUGGACAAGUUGUAGCAAUUAAACAGGUCCCUGUGGAGUCAGACCUUCAAGAAAUAAUUAAAGAAAUCUCUAUAAUGCAACAAUGUGACAGUCCCUAUGUUGUCAAGUACUAUGGCAGCUAUUUUAAGAAUACAGAUCUGUGGAUUGUUAUGGAAUAUUGUGGAGCUGGCUCUGUUUCAGACAUAAUUAGACUUCGUAAUAAAACGUUAACUGAAGACGAAAUUGCAACUAUUCUGAAAUCUACUCUUAAAGGACUUGAAUACUUGCACUUUAUGAGAAAAAUACAUAGAGAUAUUAAGGCUGGAAAUAUCCUUCUUAACACUGAAGGACAUGCGAAAUUAGCUGAUUUUGGUGUGGCUGGCCAGUUAACAGAUACAAUGGCAAAACGUAAUACUGUUAUAGGAACUCCGUUUUGGAUGGCUCCUGAAGUAAUACAAGAGAUUGGCUAUAACUGUGUGGCAGACAUCUGGUCCCUUGGUAUCACUUCAAUAGAAAUGGCUGAAGGAAAGCCUCCCUAUGCUGAUAUUCAUCCAAUGAGGGCUAUUUUUAUGAUUCCUACAAAUCCCCCUCCAACCUUCCGGAAGCCAGAGCUCUGGUCUGAUGAAUUCACAGAUUUUGUGAAGAAAUGCUUAGUGAAAAAUCCUGAACAAAGAGCUACAGCAACACAGCUGUUACAGCAUACAUUUAUUAAGAAUGCCAAGCCAGUUUCAAUUUUAAGGGACCUGAUCACUGAAGCUAUGGAGAUAAAGGCAAAGCGACAUGAGGAACAACAGAGAGAACUAGAAGAGGAGGAAGAGAAUUCUGAUGAAGAUGAGCUGGAUUCGCACACCAUGGUGAAGACCAAUUCAGAGAGUGCUGGUACCAUGAGGGCCACAAGCACAAUGAGUGAAGGUGCUCAGACAAUGAUCGAACACAACAGUACUAUGUUAGAAUCAGACUUGGGGACCAUGGUAAUAAAUAGCGAUGAUGAUGAAGAGGAAGAUGGCACCAUGAAAAGAAAUGCUACUUCACCACAAGUUCAAAGACCUUCUUUCAUGGACUACUUUGAUAAACAAGAUUCCAAGAAUAAAAGCCCUGAAAACUGUAAUCAGAACAUGCAUGAACCUUACCACAUAUCCAAGAACAUUUUCCCUGAUAACUGGAAAGUCCCUCAAGAUGGAGAUUUUGAUUUCUUAAAGAAUCUGAGUUUAGAAGAAUUACAGAUGCGACUAAAGGCUUUGGACCCUAUGAUGGAACGAGAAAUUGAGGAGCUUCGUCAGAGGUACACUGCAAAGAGGCAACCUAUCCUCGAUGCAAUGGAUGCGAAGAAACGGAGGCAACAGAAUUUCUGAGUGAAUUUUACGUUCAGAGAUGAUUCUGUGAGUCAGUGCGGACACUGGCAGCUUUGUAAGCCUGAAGGAAUUCCAUUAGGAGAGUUUUCAAAAACCCAGUCUUUUGAAUUUUCCUUCACAAGCAAUGACAAUUGGAGCAGUGAAAGAACAUACAUGCAGUGUUCUACAAAGGCAGCAAAACACAUCACCUCUUGUUCAUAGUUUCAAAUAUUUAAUGUAAUAGAAGUCUAAUCUGUUACUUCCCAAUCUUUUUCAGGUGUCUAUUGGUAACUUGGUGUUGUGUGUUACGAGUUGUGUUUUGGAGCACCUGGAAUGAUUUCUUGAUUGUGCAACACUACAGAGCCUUAUGUUGCAAUAUAUUUUCCUCCCACUUAGUAGGAUAUUUAUUAUGUAAUCUUUGGUUAUCAUAUUUAUUUUAUUCCUGUUUUCCUUUUUAUUAGGAAGUAUUAGGAUAAUAUUGUGGAGAGCAGAGACAGAUUAGAUAAAAUUAGUAUUGUAGUAUAACAAAAAGAAGCUCACCACAGUAUUAUCUUUUAAAACUCCGAUUUCAGCAAGCAUCCCAAUUCAGGACAGCACUUGAACAUGUAUCCAACCCAUUCAUAUCAGCAGGAUUUAAGCAUAAAAUAAGUAAUAGGCACAUGUUUUUCUGCUCUCCUGAAUCAGGGACUGUAGCUGUAGUUGAGCAAUACAAUUGUUAACGCUACAGAGCAUUAUUUUAGAGAUUAUUUCUGUCAUUUUUACGCACACUGAAUGAAUGAUCUCUUGUUAAACAACAAAACAAGUGCCUAAUCAGUUUUGAUUUUUCUGGUAUUCAGGAGAAGCAAUACUUGCAGUCACUCCUUCAGUGUAAAUUUCCAAUUGCUAUUGCAAUUCUGACCAGUAUAAAACCUCUAUUUUGCACCAUAGUUUUAUAAUGAAGUAACAGCUACACUUUCUGGAUGUGUUGUUUUUUGGUUCGUUUCAUUUUUAUCACUGUUUAGAGGGAAGAGGGGAGUUAUUAGUGGUUUGGGUUGGGUUUGGUUUCACAUUAUAGAUACAAAGGGAUAGUAAUUUAAAAGCCAAAGGAAAUAAAUUUCAUACUUAUGUAUAAUAAGUACUGAAAAGAAGCAACAUUUUGUAAUCGUCUGAGGGUUUUGUCCUGCAAUCACUAAACAAAUUCCUGUGGUCUUCUGUGGUGCAUUUUGGGGAAUCAGAAAUGCAGGACCAAGCUCUUAAUAUCCUUUUACAGGUUCUUCUGUCCAGCUUAUAUUGUGGGAUACCUAGUAGGUAGAAUUUACAACAUUGAAAGAAAUAUGUGAUCCCUGUUCAGAACAAUCUACUGUGUUCUCUACUGAUAUCUUUGCUAUUGUUGCCUUCUGUGUAAAUAGCUUCACUGUGACAGUCAUACUCCUUUAAACAAGACAGCUGAAAGAUCUUUCCAUUCAACCUUCAACUGUUCAACCUUAAUGGUGACUACUGUACGAGCAUCUUCUGUUAAAUAUUUUCUGGAAGUUAGUAAUCAUCUCAUUCCUCUUAACAUUUAUUGUCAUCAUAUGCGGAUCAUGUAGAUGCAACGACGCAGAUUGUGGGAACGGUGCGUUCCGUCAUAAAGCUUCUGCAAGAGGAAAACAAAAAUUUUUGCAAGCUCAGCAUACUACAGCCAUGCUGGGACCAGUCCUAGAGUUGGAGCCAUUGUUGUCCUUGCCAUUCUGUAUGUGUGUGUUUGUGCAGCCGCCAUGCCCUGACAGGUAAACCCCAGAGUCAAAUAAAUUGUACUUGUGAUUGUUCGAAAAUCCUGACCCUCAACUCUCUUCAUGUUUCUUAAAGUAAUGGCCAUCCCUUAUGAAAAUGAAAGAACACAGAAGAUCCAUAAAAGGUACUUCAGGCAAGAUAAAAUGCACUUGGUAGUCUUAUGAAAUUAUGUAAAGUAAAAAAUGGUGCAAUCGUAUCACUGUGUUGUUAGAUUAUAACCAUAAUGCAUCAAAAACCAACAUCCCCGACCUCCCCCAUUGGCAUGGCUCUUAUUUAUUUAAAACAGAUUUCUAAUUCUUGAACUACCUGUUCUCAACAACUCAAAGGUGUGCGUGUGUACAUGUAUUUCAGUAGGCAUACACACAUAUGUAUGCAUAUCUAUGUAUAAAUCUCUAAGAAAAACACAAAACAGAUGUAAACCAUCAGGAGAGGAACCUAGCUUGCCUUUUCUUGGUGUGCCUUUUAAGGAGAGUGGCAAUGUCCAGACACUCUUGCUUGCAUCACUAGCAGCUUUCUUUUCCCUUACUGUCUUAAACUUUUCACACCAAAAAUAAGACAAUGAUUUUGAAUAAUGUGGCUUUAGAGUGUAAUAGAUGAUGUAAUAAAAAGGCCACAAUUUUCACACUUCCUUUAUUCUGAAAAGUUAGUAAAGCAGGGCACUAAAUAUGAAUUGCCUAUCCAGAGGGACUCCAGUAAAAGGCCAUUUUAGACUAGAGCUGUUGCAGUCUGACACAUGAAAGGUAUCACAAGACGAAGGACGUCCUUUCUGGACUCGUGAACUGUCUGCAUAGAAAUCCGUAAACUGAAUAAAUUUGGUGCACGUGCAUGCACACAGGUAUAGGUUAUAUAUGCAGGGCACAAGUCUGAAAGCAUGGAAUAAAAUAAAAAUUUAAACAAGCUACUUUAAAUGGCUGAAAAACAGUUUCUGAUGUGCUGUAAACUGAGUAGAUAUAGGACCAUUGCGACCAAAGAAUACCUUCACCAAUUAAUAUCAAAUUAGUAAGUUGCCCUUCUGAUCUGGUGCACGCUGCAGUCAGUGUAAGAGCUAUCUUUGGCUUCAGAAGCCAGUGUAUUGGGCACUUAAUUUAUGCAACAGUAACAUAUAGAAAUAGGUUUUAUAUUGAGAGAUGGAUGCAACUUAUUUCUUCUUUCUUCUGUUGAUGUAAAUGAAUCAAAUCAUCCACGUUGAUGACUACACAUCUCUACUGGAGGAUGAGCAUCUCUGUAAAGGAAAGCUAAUAGUACGAUAAAUAAGACGUUUUAAAAGCAAGCCUUGCAGGAAAACUGAUAGAACUACUGACAAGUUAAGCUUCAGUAAGGUUUUAACCAAGCAAUUUCUUGUUUGCUUCUGACUUUGUACGUUUAGGUUCAUUAAGUAAAAAAAAUGGAAAGAUCAUUACUUAUUACUAAACAUUUGUAAU